GUGUGUAUGAAACAGUGAGGAAGACGCUGAGAACCCUGCGCUACAGGCUGAUGAUGAUGAUGAUGAUAGCGCGUCCUUAGUUAUUUAUUUAUUUAUUUGAUGUUAUUUUUUGCUUUUUGCGUCUCGGGGCGGCGCUUCAGAAGUGAUGAAACGUUCCGCGUGCACUUCGGCUUGCGAGCUCGCGCGGAGCGUCGCGUCUGCACAGCGCACAGCGCAAACUUUAGCGCCGAUUAAUCGCGCAGCCGUAUCAGACCGACCGGCGACUGACGCGCGCGCCGAGCAGCGAUGAGUCCCGGAGAACUUCACGGUCCGGGCCGCGCGCGCCGGCAGCGUGUGUGAGUUUACACGGAUUCGCCGUCGCUCGGACCCCGCGCGCGCUCUUCCCUUCUCUUCUUCAUGCCACCCACUAAUGACAGAGGUGGGCGACAAUGUUCGGGGUUCAGAGUAGCGAGCAGCUCGCGAGGAAGUGCGCCGUCGCCGCCGCCGCCGAUCAGCUCGCGACGCUGCGUUGAAUCCGUCCGAGCGGAAGAGUUUCGCGGCGCGCGCCGGACCGUCAACCCACCGCAAGGAUGCGGGGCCGAGAUUAUUUCACGCUCACUUUGGGCUUUGUGCCUUUUCUGCUCAGCCACUGCUUCCUCUUCUCUGCGCUACUGCAGCACGCUCAUGGAGAGCUGCGGAAGUCCUGCUCUGGAACCCCCGCUGUGCGCCUGGAGGACACCUGCCACCUGCCCUGUCACUGCAGACCAUACCCACUGCUACCUCCACCUCCUCCUCCACCACCUCCACCCAGACUCUUCUCUCCUACAGCUCCAUCCAGUGUGUCUCCUCCUGUGAAGCCCUGGGGAAGAGAGGUGGAGAUUUUGGUGCUGGGGACGGUGAGCUGUGCAUCAGUCGUCUUCCUUUUCCUCACGGUCAUCAUCUGCUACAAAACUAUCAAGAGGAAACCACUGCGGAAAGAGGAGAACGGCACCAGCCGAGGGGAAUACGCCAUGAGCGCUCGCUGCAAGCAGACGGCGGUGGAGACCAACAACACUGGAGUAUAGCAGCCAGAGGAAAACACACUGACGCUCCGUCAUAAACAGGAGCUUAAAGGGCUUCGGAGAUGGAGAAAUAGUAUUAAAGGAAGGAUUGAUGGAGCUCUGAACCAUGGCUUUGUUCAACUUCUUUAAAAAAAAAACACUUAAAUGACAAUAAGAGCUGCUUUAUGAUUGAUAUGUGACAGAAUAAAAAGGCAGAGAGGAUGUGUGAAGGACGUAUGAAGGACGUUUGAAGGAUGUAUGGAGGACGUGUGAAGGAUGUGUGAAGGAGGUGUGGAGCCUUGAGACUCAUUGUUCUGUUGGACGGUGAAGCCGUCAGACCUUUCACAAGACUUUAAACCAGUAAAUCUCUUAACGUUCCCAACGCAUGCACUUUCUACUGAAUGCACCGACGUCUCUGGACGCGUCUCGCCUCCCUUUUCUCUCCCUGCAGUUUCCUCUCCUGUAAAUAAAGUUGGCCGUAUUGAUCGCGCAGGUUUGGAGACUAGACGAAAGCUAAAGCGGAACUUGAUGAGGAAACAGGUCGCUUUUUUUUUUUUUUAACUUUUGUAUGACUAUGCAACUGGAAAGGAUUUGAAACCCUAGUGGUGCAUGUUCAUGAUAUUAAAACACAAGGUUAGCAUAAUCUGCUGCUAAUCAGUCUGACGUUUGCUAACGUACUCAAAUAGUAACGUUUUACGUGUGUAAUGUAACUCACCGUGAGGUAAUAAGCUGGAAUACACGUCACAUAUUCAUAAACAUAAGGACUGUUAUUUAAUUAUUUAAUUAAAGAUGCAUCAUUAAGGAAGCCAAAAAGACAAAGUCAAUGUUUUUUGUUUUGUUUUGGUUGGGUUUUUUUGGCUUGUCUUCUUGAUUGUUUGUUUUAUUUGGGUUUUUUUUAGGUUUUUUGACCGUUUGUUUUUUUGUUUGUUUGUUUGUUUGUUUUAUUCCUGGGUUUUUUGUUUUAUUUUGUUUGUUAGGUUUUUUAUUUGUUUGUUUGUUUGUUUGUUGUUGUUUUGCAACUUGGAGUAUAGUUGGAAGGGUUUUGUUUUUGUUUUGUUUUUUUGUGGAGGGGGUUGUUUGUUUUUUGGUUCUUUUAUUUUUUUUUUUUUGUUUGUUUGUUUGUUUGUUUUGUUCUUGUUGUUUUUCCAUAAAACACAACUGUACAUUAUUUUCAUCAUAUAGUCGUUAUUACAAACACAGUAAAGUCAAGUCCUGGAAUUAGUUUAAAGGGAAAAUUUAAGAGUAAAAUGUAAUUAUUCUAAGAAAAAAAUAAUCCAUAAUCCAUGAGUAUGGCAUUGAGACAGUGGAAAUUAUGUGCAUUUUACAAUUUAACACGGAAUAUCGGAAUAUGAAAUUACAAUUUGUUAAAUGAUAAAUAAUGAUAUAGAGUAUUUUAAUUUAAAAUAAGGACACUAUCUUGAACUAAUGAGAUAGUAACUCAAUAAUAACAUUGUGAAAUUGUCAUUAAGUUGAAAUUCUGACAGACCAACGUGCGGUUUUCCAGCCACUGGAUGUUUCUCUUGACUUAUUUUGCUCAUGAUGACGACUUUUUAAUCAUCUGUUUCAUUUCACAGUCGUAUUCAUUCAUUUUAAACCACAAAUCAUUUCCUGCACUAAUCCUCCAUUAAUCACGUCAUUAAUUCUAGUUUAAAGUGUAAUAACUGCUGACAGUAACACUGUGUGUUAUAUCUAGCUAUUUAUCAGUCAUUCCAUAAUAGAGAUAUUACCACUGGCGCCUGUAACACUACAAAUAAGCUAUUCUUAAGUCUUAAUUUUAAUACUUUGCUUGUGACAACUGAGUGCAAAAGUUUGUGCCCCCUUGGUUUCUGUUUGAAAAAAUUUUCACUGUCCCUCUAUUUUAUCUUCAGUGUUGAUUUAAUGGUGUGUUUGGAUUGAAAUCAUACACUUAUAUCGGUGUAUAUGACUAAAUUUUUUUGUCCAAGCAGCCUACAAAAAAACUGCACGCCCACGGAAAUUUACUUAAUAACCCGACUGUUUAUUAAGCAGAGUCAGAGAAAGAGUCAGUGGGAAUCAGGAAAACAGCUUUCAUACAUCCUAAUACAGAAAUAAAAGAGCUUUCCCAGAGCUCGCGAAGGAGAUAAACAGAAAUCAGAGUGUUUAGAGAGUGAGAUUAUUCAGAAAUGGUUGAAGAACCACAAAGACAAACUGACAGACAGAUUCACAAAAUAAUUAAAAAUAAAUGGUUUAAAGGACAUUCAGAAAUUUCAUUUUGAUUGUUUCACUGUUAAUAAAAAAAAAAAAAAAAAAAAGGUCAGAUAUGGAACCCUUCUUUAUUUGUUCCUUCUGUGUGUUUUCCUAUCAGGAAGCUUUCCAAACCUUUCAGGAGGAUAAGAACUCUUAUCUACACAAAGAACUCCUUGAAAAACCCUUUUUGUCUUAAGAAAGUUUAGCUAAAUGUUGAACAUAGCACACACUUGCGCAGUAAAUGCAUACACUCUCGGUGUACUCUUCUGUCGAGUGCAAUGGAUUGCAGCAUUAUAGUUGAUUAUCUUCGAAAAGAGAAAAGCAGUUUAAUAAGCAAUAAAAAAAAAACAACAAGACACUAGACAAUAGCUAACUCUAGACUUACUAGCUAGCUAGUAAGUCACUAACUUUUUCCAUUUCAGUUACAUCAACAACCCGAAAGCAAGAAAGCAGACAAAUUGACUAAAUCCGAUUAAUUAGCAUUAAUUUCUUACCGGUUUGUUUCUUUCGUCCUUCUGCUUUUUUUCUUUUAGCAUUUUCGGUUUUAGAUAAAAAUAAACGCUUAAUGAUCGCCACUUCUGCGUCAUAUUCUGACCUAAUUUAGUUACACAAAUUAUUUUUUCUUUUCACAACGCAAGAGCGCGCCCUGCGACUGCCUAAUACACAAAACCUUUCACCAAAUGAUAGAAAGUGUGCCUAUUUAUUAUAAAUUUCACGGCGCCCCCCAGUGGACCAGAGGCACUAAAUGACCAUUUUAGCACUUCGUCAGCAACAAACAUCCCUGCUGAUGAGGCGGUUACUAAGGAUGAAUGAAUGAACGCUGUAAAUGCAUCACGCAGCACCACAAAUUCAUGCUAAUGUUCAUGUUCACAUUAAUGAAUUAAUCUCUUCUUAAAGAAAUACACACACACAAAUAGUCCACCUCCUAUAUACCCUUAGGACAAAAUAAAGAAGACAAUUAAACAGGGUCCUAUAGUAUGUUAAGAUAUUAAUAUUAUUAAACAAUAUCAGUCUUUAUUUCACUUUCUGAAUGUAAUAUGGAAUUGUGAAAAUGAAACCAAAUUCUUGUUUUUUUUAGUAAUCAUUUCAAAGAGCACAAACUUUUGCACUCAGCACUCUGUGUAUUUCUGUGUGCAUUUUCUCUUAAUAACAUUCAGAACAUUCAGUAAGUUUUUUUGUUUUCAUGAUAACGUUGUUUAUAUUGCUCCUGCUGGAUCUGAGUACAUUUACAAAUCCAAAGAUGUGAUGUAAUGGUGGAGAUGUACCGCUCCUACACAGCAGUGAAUCACUCGUGGGGUUUAAAGUGAGUUGUUUAUCUGAUGUAAACGACCGGCCGUACACUUUCCCUCUCUAAACUCACUCCAUCUCACACUCCAUCAUCCACUCCAACCUACUGAACAUAAACAUGUAUUAUAGUGUACAGAAUUUUACUCACUAAUAUACUGCAUGAAUGUAAAUAUCGGUAUUUGCCUUCUUGACCAUAUCGUGUACAGAGUGAGAGACGGUGAUGUCUAUGAAGGAUAAAUAUACGUCGAUGUCAUAUCUGAACUGAAUAAAGUGUUGUUGUUUGUCUGGAACAAGGCAUUAAUGUAUAUCCAUCACAUAAGAAUAUGUCAGACAUAAUAUAUCCUGUGCAUUAAUCUGACUCUGCAACAUGCUAACUUUUUUUAAUUUUAAAUAAAACUGUAUUAUUGAAUCUCAAA